GAAGAGUCCGGUUAAGCGCGACAUGGCUGGCGUGAUUGCGGAGGCAUGGAGAGGGAGCUUCACGUCUGCAAAUGACAUGGCGGCGUUCAAAGGGGCGGGCUUGUGGCCGGUGAACAUGAAGAAGGCCAUCAACCGACUACACAGCAAGCGGAAGCAACGGGCGAAUGACCGCCCUAUCCCUGAAGACCUCACCGUCGUUGCCUCCAAGAAGCAGCUCGAAGAAGAUCUCGGCCACGCUGCCCUACUGGAGCUGAAACGACAGGGAGUGAUGAUCGAGGGGCUCCGCGUGGAAACCGUGUUCCUCGGCGGGCUCACCCACUUCACCAAGCGCUCCAAGUCUUUCGCGACCGUUCGGGCGGGCGGGGAAAAACCCGAGAGCGGUCUCCUGUCCUCCGAAGAACACCUUGCUAAGGCCAGGAAGGACAAAAAAGAGAAGGAGGCAGCUGAGAACGUGAAGGCGGACAACGCCAAGGCCCGUACAGAGGCAAGGGCAGCGAGGGAGGCCAAUCUUGGGCAUGGGGGCCGGUGCUCGCGUUCAAGGAGGAGCGGGACGGCCGAGAGAGGCGGUGGUUCCCUUGCUUCAGCCGCCGCCGCCGUCGGCCCCUUUUCCUCUCGAGGACGGCACCCGACACCAAUCGUUGAUUUGUAGACUAGAUGCUGUACANACGGCAACGAACCCCGACACCAAUCGUUGAUAUGUAGACUAGAUGCUUUACGGUUACCUUUUUUUUUAUUCGAGUGAAGGAUGAAUUAUUCGAGUGAGACAUACAGAAAACGUCAGUUGAGUGUCGAGGUGCCGAUAUGCAUUCCAGGGUUGUGCUUCAACAGCUUUUUCUUAUACCACGGGGGGGGGGAAGGAUGGGGGGUGUAGAGGUGUUUUCCGGAACCCCGGGGACGUUGAAAUGCUGUCCCCGGGCCUGAAGGGCUUUUGAUUUUUUUUGCUGCUUCGCGACUUGAGCUGAUCGUCUUCAAAGGACCUUUCGAUGGGGCGUUCGAGUGGUGGGAAACAGGUGCGGCUUUCUACGAGAAGUCCCACCGCAGUGCCAAGCUACUUUUUGCCUGGCCCAGUUUAGGUGCUUGAAUGUAUGUAGUCUAUGUAAAGAGGUCAAAUGAGCUCCAGACGACAUAGUUUUUUCUUCCAGUCAUAUUGAUGUGCCUAGGAGAAGCUUGGGGUGGUUUCUAGGGCUAUGCAGAGAUGCUUGGGGUGCACUCCAGCACCGGGGUCGGGAGGGGGGGGGGUGUACUCANGGGGGGGGGGGGGGGGGGGGGGGGGGGGGGGGGGGGGGGGGGGGGGGGGGGGGGGGGGGGGGGGGGGGGGGGGGGGGGGGGGGGGGGGGGGGGGGGGCGAUACCUUGAUUUUGCCGCGAAACCGGAGAUGUGGCAAUUUUGUCCCCGGGUGUGCAUGGAUUUUUUUUUUUGCAACAACGUUCCCUGUCAUAGAAAACACCUAUCCACAAAAGGGCACGAUGUGGGAGUGUAAGGUGAAUGUGAAACAAGGGAAAUGGCCUUGGGGUCCCCGCGGAGAAUUCUUACCGCAGCGACCAGGCAAGGUAUGGNGGGGGGGGGGGGGGGGGGGGGGCGAUACCUUGAUUUUGCCGCGAAACCGGAGAUGUGGCAAUUUUGUCCCCGGGUGUGCAUGGAUUUUUUUUUUUGCAACAACGUUCCCUGUCAUAGAAAACACCUAUCCACAAAAGGGCACGAUGUGGGAGUGUAAGGUGAAUGUGAAACAAGGGAAAUGGCCUUGGGGUCCCCGCGGAGAAUUCUUACCGCAGCGACCAGGCAAGGUAUGGCUGUUUGAACGGGCAUUACAUCACCUACGCAACGUUUUUCGUCCUAAUUUUUUUUCAGGGAGUCGAUAUAUGAGCAGAAUGGACCAACUAUGCAUUAAUCUCUUAGUUCUGGCUCUUUUCAUGUGCGCAGCACCGCCGUACGGUCAAAAACGGUGUAAAAUCCGUCCCCGAUUUCAGUCGGGAAACCCGGGGAUGUGAGUAUUUUGUCCCCGGGCGUGGAUCAGUUCCAUUUUUUUUUUCUCAAAUGGAUACGUGUUGCAACAAAAAAUCAGAUCAUGAAAAUGUAGCGUUCUGAAGGAAAGCGUUGUUUGUGGAAGGCGGUUUCAAUUCGUGGGAAAAGGAGGGGAUAGGGGAUGUGACCUGCCUCACCGUCCCCGAGUAAGCGUUCAGUUCAGUUUGCCCGUAAGACAGCCAAGCGAAAGGGAAUAGCUCGGAGGACAGGUGGCCUCGCGAGCAGCGCCCCAUAGGUUGCAGAGCCAGCUAGCAAAAACCGAGAGGCUGGACACACCAGAGUUGAGAGAGAACACGUAGGGUCUUGAUCGAUUUUUCCACCCGCCCACCCUAUCGCUCAAGAGAGGGAGGGAAUCAGGUUGCACAAAGUUGAUUGGGGCCAACGUAAAGGUAUUUUAGUUGAUUUUUCUUGUUUUUUGUUUUUUGUUUUUUCUCCCUCUUCCAGUACUACUUCACAAGAGUAGUCGAGAGGGUCAGGUAGUCCCACGGGGGUGGAGGCUACCUUCGUACCGGGUUGGCUGAGUCUUUUAUUUGGGGAAUAUUAUAGAGACAGGGAAGGCUGGACCCUCGUGGGUUCGGGUCGUGUUCUAUGCGUCCUCAGAUUGUAUGAUUCAGUCCUGUUGAAGAGUAGAAAAAUAAUGCCAGAAUUCU